CGCUUCAUCAACAUCGAUUUAUCACAACAUCUUACAUCGCUUAUUCAAACAACCGAUUCACUCAUAGACAUUUUUUUCCGACCACCGUUUCCCUCGAUCGUCUUUCUUUGCGUCUCCUCACAACUCUCCAACAGUGUCUCUCUCUGACAUCUAGCCGGGUUUGAUGUAAAUCGAUUGAGGUUGCUCAAUGGGUACCGUCACUUUUUUAAAGUCGGCAUGUUCCUUCAAAGUGGAUCCACGCCGCUUUAUCAUCGAUACGAUACCCACAGACUCCCUCUUAUGUCUUCCAUUACCGUAUCAUCAACACAAAGUUUCCCAAUUCCUUCCGGAAAAUACACAUAUGGGGAAGACAUGUUCGUUGAUUUUGUCAAAGAUAACACUGUGAUCUUGAUGAUAUUAUUAGUGCCUAUCGGAUACAGACUAUUAACAUUAGAGAUGUUGGCACAAGAAAGUGGUGUCACCGACAAUAUUUGGGAGAAUGGAUUAGUUAUUAGAGUGGUUCAAGAGUUAAACCUGAUGCAAGGGUUUGACCUUUGGGUGGUACACUAUUUGAGGUUAUUGAUGCUGGUGGUGCGGGGAAAACACUUGCUUAUGGAACAAAAAAGAAGGGUGCACAAAUUGUUAUAGAAAAUCAAACUUAAGGUGGGAUUCUGUCAGCUUUGGUAUUACUAAUCGUAGGUGUUUUGGUAAUGAUGGAAUUUGGGAAGGAAUGGAAUAGCCUAUUCCACUGAAUUGAAAAAAAACAUUGACUGUGUUAUCUAAUGGCGUGGACUGGACAGUUCUUGAAGGAAUAUAAUUCGGU